AUGGAGUUAACCUCGGAAGAAGCGAUUAAGCUUGUAUGGGAGGGGGCGAUCCCUCUCCAGAUUCGUCUUCACGAGUCCGAGAUCACCACUCUCCCCUCGCCUCCCCCAAUUCUGGUUUUAGGCCCCCGGCUUGGUUAUCUGCCGUUGUUGAUGCCUCUUAUAAAGCCUCAUUUCAGUAGCACGCUUCCGCCUGGCACCGACACUAUUUGGUUUGAUUACAGAGGGUUGCCGCUAAAAUGGCACAUACCGACUGGAGUCCUCUUUGAUCUCUUGUGUGCAGAACCAGAAAGACCAUGGAAUCUAACGGUUCAUUUUAGAGCACAUCCAGGGGAAACCUUAAUUCCUUGUCAAGGUGAAGACAAUGUAAAGUGGAGUUUUAUCAAUUCACUGAAAGAGGCAGCAUAUAUUAUUAAUGGGAACUGCAAGAAUGUCAUGAAUAUGUCUGAGCCAGAUCGGUUUGAGUUAUGGCAAUCAUUGGUAAAAGGUGACAUGGAUAGCUAUCAUCGGGUGUCAUCUAAGCUUAAGCUUGGGCCAGUUGGAGAAGAUUGCAUGAUCAGAAUGCUUUCAUCUGCUGGACAACCUCAGCAAGCUACUGGAGAAACUGAUUCUGUUGGACCCAACCGAUCAUGCAGAAUUCCUGUACGGUUGUAUGUACGGAGUGUAGGUGAAGAGAUUGAAGACAUAGAAGAUGCAAGUGCAAUGGAUAGUUGGGAUAAAUUCUCAUACAUAAACCGACCAGUUGAGGUACACAAGGAUGAAGGUUGCAAUCUCACAUUAGAGACUGCCGUGAAAAGAUUACUGCCAGAGAUCUUUGAGGAUGAACCCUCAACUAGAGGAUAUGUAUGUCUGAAGAAAGAAGAUGGUGGCUCUAAAGAUGGAGAAACCACGAAGGGAGAUGAUGCUUCAACCACAGGCCAACAAGAGACAACUUCAUCUAGGAAGUCCAGAAUUAAGCUCAUUCGUAUUCAAGGGAUUGAAUUAGACCCUCAAAUUCCCUUCCAUUGGGUGGUUAACAACUUGAAACACCCUGAAUACUAUCUUCACAUCUGUGUAUUUGUUGGGUCACCUCUUCCAACUAGAGUAAGAUGAUAAAUGGUUUCGACGUUACAUUUCUUCUUUCAUUUAUUAUUUUUUUUGGAAAGUUGUACAGAAAUAUAUUUCAGACUCAUUAUAUGGAAGCGUGUGAUUAGAAUCGUGUUAAGUGAAACAA